AUCAUUAAUGUAACGCUUAGUUACAGUUGAUUCCCACCGUAAACGGAUCACCGCGUACCGGGACCACGAUCGGGAGAAAUGAAAAGCACUACGAAAAGCGCAACCACCAUGCGGUGGCACGUCGGUUUUAACGUUCUAUUGGCACUAACGGCCUUUGCCUUAGUAACAGCGCCGUCGUUUGUUUACAGUGCGGACAGUAGCACGGACGGUAGUGAUUACUGUGAUCAGUCACUGUGCAAACCGAACCAUACCCAUAUCGGAUGCAACGCCACGGCCCAAUUCGGAGAACUUUGUCCCGCCGACACAAUGCAGCUCGUGGCCAUGGAGCUGAUGCUGAAACUGCACAAUGGGCUACGCAGUGAGCUGGCAAGUGGAAAAAUGGAAGGAUUUGCGGAAGCGGAAAGGAUGCCUGUGCUGGUGUGGGACGAAGAACUAGCCAGGUUGGCCGAGUAUAACGCUCGUACGUGCCAGUACCUGCACGACGAAUGUCGCAGCACCAAACGCUACCGGAACGCGGGCCAGAACAUUGGCCGGAUGUCGAGAACGGGUAAUGUCACCAUCGACCUGGAUCGAGCCAUCACCGAUCUCACCAACAAGUGGUGGCAGGAGUACGUCGAAACCAAUCAGACCGUCAUGGAUGACUAUCGGCCCGUUGGCGAUGGCGUGGAUGUGGGACAUUUCGCGCAGAUGGCUAGUGAUCGCGUUACGGCGGUUGGGUGCGGUGCUACGCGCUAUUACAACGAAGCAAGGAAGCGGUCAUACGUCUACUACGUCUGCAACUAUUCACACAGAAAUGAGCUUGGCGAACCGGUCUACCGCAAGGGAACUCAGUGUAGCAAGUGUUCCGAAGGUACCGAAUCGUGCAGCAAAACCUACCCGGGGCUAUGUGGGGCUAAGUGAGCGACAUAGUCGAUGAGGAUCCCGAUACUGGAACCACUAUACUCUAAGGCGAUGCAGGCCGCGUCACACGUGGCCAAGCAUCAUCAGUUGCAACAGACGGCUUAAUAAAAAGUGACACUAUUUAUUCCGACACAACGCGAAAAACGACGUUACGGGCGCGUUCGAAUCCCAGCACAGAACGAAUUGCCGGCGGUUCGUUUGUUUGUACUUCCAUUCACUCGACUCGAAAGCCUCCGGGAGUUUCGUUCAAACUUCCUCGUCCAAACACCCAGCGGAACGGUCGCACGUCAGUAGCAGAUGGACAAAAGUUGUGUGACUUUGUGUCUUGCCUAUUGAACUUGGUACGUGGUUUUUAUCCUAACUAGUUUUUGACACGAAUCAAUUCAGCUAUCGGUGGUCGUGACGCCUGUCAGAGGGUUGGGUGACACGGUUAGGGACCGGGCAAAAUAAACAUUCAAACUAGA